AACCUUAUAUGAAUCUAUAUAUACCUAAAAAUAAAUAUAUUUUUAGUAGUCAUUCCUCGAUAAUUUGACAAAAAGCGAUAGUAGAGUAUGAGAUUCUUUCGGAACUAAUUUGAUAAACAUGUGGUAAAACCCGAUAUAAUCUUUCUUCGGUAGAUCUAUCAACGUGAUUCUUUUUCUCAAAUGAUGUUUCUGAUAUUUGUUGGUGUCGUGUGCACACAAUGUUUAAAUAUAAUGAACGAGCUACAGCACAAUCACAAAUUCUUCGUUUUGUAAAAGUUAAGACGUGCAUGUAUGCAUAUCUUAUUGAAAGAGAUUUCUAUAUAUUAAAUAAUAAGAAUAAAGUACAGGAUCACCAUGUCAAAAAUAAUAGUGUUGUGCAUGAUCGUGUGGUUAGCAGCCGCUCAAAAAGCUACUUUUAAUAAUUACAAGGUCUUUAGAAUUAUUCCUACUACAGAAGCGCAAGUCAAUAAAUUACAUUUAUUGGAAGCGAUUCCUGAUGGAUUCUCAUUCUGGCAAGAACCCAGCUUUGUAGGCAGAAAUGUGGAUCUCAUGGUAGCUCCGCACAAGUUGCCUGAAUUUUACGAAAUGAUGACUCAGAUCGGAAUACCUUAUCAAGUUUUUAUCGAGGAUGUGCAAAAGUUGAUUGAUCAAACAACGCCUGAGAGUCGAUCAACCUCAUUUGAUUUCAACAGCUACCAUACUCUCGAGGAAAUCUAUAAGAACCUAGAUGAUUUGGCCAAGCAAUAUCCCGAUAAAAUACAGGUUAUCGUGGGUGGUAGAUCGUAUGAGGGACGUCAGAUUAAAGGCGUCAAAGUUUCCUUUAAAUCUAACAAUCCAGGAAUCUUUAUCGAAGGGGGCAUUCACGCCAGGGAAUGGAUCUCGCCGGCAACUGUCAUGUACAUCCUUCAUCAAUUGCUGACCAGCGAGGACCUGGACGUCAGAGAUCUAGCUGAGAGCCACGAUUGGUACAUCUUCCCUUCGUUCAAUCCCGAUGGAUAUGCGUACACGCACACCAGAAAUCGGUUAUGGAGAAAAACGCGUAAACCGUACGGCCUCUGCGUCGGAGCUGAUGCUAACAGAAACUGGAGCUACAAGUGGGUGUCUAAAGGUUUUACCGCCUUUCCAUGUUCUGAGAUUUACGCAGGAAGUAAGCCGUUUUCCGAGAUAGAGACAAAGAGCAUGUCCGAAUAUAUCAAGUCUAUUUCCGACAAAUUUUACGCAUACAUCUCGUUUCACAGUUAUUCGCAACUUUUGAUGUAUCCUUACGGUUACACGAAAGAGCAUCUUGAUAAUCAUGAGGAUUUGCAUGCUAUUGGUUUGAAAUCAGCUGCAACACUUAAACAGAGAUAUGGAACUGAGUAUCGAGUCGGAAAUGUUGCUGAGACAAUUUGUAAGUUUGAUUUAAAUAUAUAUAUUUUUUUAUUUGGUUUAUCUAGUACACUUGCACUAAAAAAGUUUAAAUUUUUUACACAUAUGAACAUUGCAAAUUUAUUUCUAGACGUGUGCACUGGAGUUACUGUGGACUAUAUUAAAGGCGUUUAUCAUAAGCCUAUCGCGUAUACUUACGAAUUACGCGAUCGCGGUCGAUAUGGCUUCUUACUGCCUCCUAAUCAAAUUAUUCCAACUGGAGAAGAAACUAUGGAUUCUCUUAUAGCUAUGUUUAAAGAAGUAAAGGCUCGCGGAUAUCCAAAAGAAAAUUCAUAUUAAUAUAAUUUAAUUUUGAUAUAUCGACAACAAUGAAUACACAAAAUUUAAUUAAUUAAUUAAAAACAUUGUUUUAUAAUAAUAUAUUCUUCUGCGCUAUAACAUUUAGUACAACGAUUCGCAUUUAAAUCAUAAUAAUUUUCAAUAAAAUGUUAUUAUCAAGUUAAAAUAUAAAAUUUUAUUAAAUAGCUUUUUUCGAAUUUUAAUAUGUGUGCAUAAUUUUUAAUACAAAUAAAUCAUCAAGAAAUCCAAUUUCUAUGAUACUUCAGAUCAGAUCAAGAUGUUUUUAUUUUUCUUUCUUUAUGUAUUAUAUUUUUAAAUAAUGUACAUACAAAUAUUAAAAAAAAAAAUUUUG